UCCUUAGACUAAGAUACAUUUCACUAUACCUAUACAUUCUGUGUAGAGAACGGAAGGGUGGGUUGGUUUCCACUUCACAUGACAUGUUCUACUUCAGGAUAAAUAGAAAAGAUCGGUGCGUUUUAAAGCGUGAGAGAUAGAAGUGAAGGGCUUUUUAAAGUGGGGAGGGGCUGCAUUUCACAUGAUCUUUUUCUUCUGGAUCUCAGAUACUCAUUAAAUGCAGCUAAUUCCAACGUACGAAAUUCCAGCGCUGGGGAAAGCCAAGGCCGGGCGGGGAUUCUCCGGGACGGUGAGCGGAAAGGGCGCUUGGGGGGAGACGCGCGCCACGGGGGAGUGGGAGCUGUUCACGCCUUCGUUCGGGGGCUCGCAGAGCUCAGCGGCCGCUGAUGUGCCGCUGGCCGGCAGGCAGGUGGAGAGAGCGGGCACUGACCACGGCCGGGGCUGGCCCCUGUAAGAACCUCGGAGAGCUCCGGCCGCUGCGCACGCACCUCAGCCCGCUCAAGCGGGGCAGAAGGUGAAUAUAAGCCGGGCGAGCCGACGGGAGGAGGCAGUGAGCGCUGGGAGCACAGACGCUCCUAGAGAGGCAGCGGCAGCGGAGCACAGGUGGGCGCCUCCAGGACAGGGAGCAGCGAGAGGCGGCUCCUUGUGCCACCGCAGCCCGGCGGGGCUGGAGUCUCCCAGCCGGCUGGGGCGGCGCCGGCCGCUCCCUGGGGGUCUGGGCUCGUUCAGCUCAGCCUGAUGUGCCCCACGGCGGGCACGGGAAGGGGCGCGCCGCCUGCCAGCGCCUCCCUGCCUGUGCUGGGCACCUGAAGCGGCAGCCGCCGCGCUGGGCUUCGUGGCUGGCUGAGCUGCUGCAUCCCGGGCUGGACUACGUGCUGAGCAUGUGCUUUGCGGGCGAGGGGGACCCGUGCCAGCCACCGGAGCGUAGCUCAUGAUCGCAGCCUCUGGGCGGGAGAAGAGGAGAGAGACCCGCUCCCUCCAGCCCCCCCCCCUUGCCAUGGGAUGGACGCCCCGUGUGAGCCCAGUUACUGCUCGCUCGCCGUCAGCAUGGAGGGAGCCUCCCUGGCCGGGCACUUCGGCAACGGGACCAACGAGUCCCUGCAGGAGCUCUUCAGGAGCAUCAACCUGGAGCGAGCCGACGGGCUGCAGGGGGACAGCUCCGCCGUCCUGCGCAUCGUCAUCUCCAGCGUCUACUCGGUGGUGUGCGCCCUGGGGCUGGUGGGCAACCUGCUGGUGCUCUACCUGAUGAAGAGCAAGCAGGGCUGGAAGAAAUCCUCCAUCGACCUCUUCGUGACCAGCCUGGCGCUCACCGACUUCCAGUUCGUGCUGACGCUGCCCUUCUGGGCGGUGGAGAACGCCCUGGACUUCACCUGGCUCUUCGGCAAGGCCAUGUGCAAGAUCGUCUCCUACGUGACGGCCAUGAACAUGUACGCCAGCGUCUUCUUCCUCACCGCCAUGAGCGUGGCCCGCUACCACUCCGUGGCCUCGGCGCUGAGCAGCCGGCAGGGCAGCGCCGGCUGCUGCUCGGCCAAGUGGCUCUGCCUCCUCAUCUGGGGCGCGGCCAUGCUGGCCUCCCUGCCCCACGCCAUCUUCUCCACCACCGCCACCGUCUUCAACGAGGAGCUCUGCCUGGUCAAGUUCCCCGAGGGCCGGGGCAACAGCGCCCAGUUCUGGCUGGGCCUCUACCAGGCCCAGAAGGUGCUGCUGGGCUUCCUGGUGCCGCUGGCGGUCAUCAGCCUCUGCUACCUGCUGCUGCUGCGCUUCCUGGGCGAGCGCCACGUGGGCCGGGCCUGCGGCGGGCCCAAGCGGCGGGCCAAGGUGACCCGCUCGGUGACGGUGGUGGUGCUCUCCUUCUUCCUCUGCUGGCUGCCCAACCAGGCGCUCACCGCCUGGGGCAUCCUGGUCAAGCUCAACGUGGUGCACUUCAGCCCGCAGUACUUCCUCUCGCAGGCCUACCUCUUCCCCGUCAGCGUGUGCCUGGCGCACUGCAACAGCUGCCUCAACCCGCUGCUCUACUGCCUGCUGCGCCGCGAGUUCCGCGCCGCCCUGCGCCGCCUGCUCUGGCGCCUGGCCUCGCCCUCGCUCACCGCCACGCGCCCCUUCACCGCCACCACCAAGCCCGAGCCCGAGGAGCAGGCGCUGCGCGCCCUGGUGCCCGCCAGCCCGCUGCCCCCCGCCGCCGCCCCCCAGCCCGAGCUCCUCUACUACCCGCCCGGCGUGGUGGUCUGCAGCGGCCGCUGGGACGAGCAGCGCUGCUGA